AUGGUAUCAGACGACCACACCUCAAACGAGACUACGAUUCCUAACUCAGAUAUGUCUUCUUCCCAAAAUCCAAACAACCAACCUUUCUCUCCCACCGAAACACCACUGGUAGCUCUCAAUAUCACAGCUCAAAUUAAUGAGAAGUUAACCCCCUCCACAUUUUCGCAAUGGCGUGCCCAAUUUGAAGCUCUUCUCAUUGGGUACGACCUAUUAGACUAUGUAAAUGGUCUUUCGGUGUGUCCAUCAUCUGAUGGCACUCCCUCAUUUGCCCUAAAAAUAACCCAUUGGGUUCGGCAGGACAAGUUGAUUCUUAGUGCCAUUCUUGCCUCAACCUCCAACACCAUCACUCCUCUUAUAGCUACUGCUAAAACAUCUCAUGAGGCAUGGAAAAAAUUGAAUCAUAUGUAUGCUAGCAGAUCUCGAAUGAGGGCUAUGCAAUUCAAGGAAGAAAUUACCUUGAUUCAAGAGGGAAAUCGCUCGAUUCCAAAAUAUCUCCAUGCCGUAAAGGCUCUGGCUGAUGAGAUAGCUCUAAUCGACCAUCCCAUAUCUGAUGAUGAUCUAACCCUUUACAUUCUUAAUGGUUUGGGUUUUGUUUUCAGGGAAAUAGCCGCACCAAUCCAUGCGCGAGAAAGAUCCUUGACCUUUGAAGAGCUGCAUGAUCUUCUCGUUAGCCAUGACAGCUAUCUCCGGCAGCUUGAGUCUGCAACUCAAAACCUUGUGGUGUCGGCGAACUAUACACACCGCAAGCCAAAUUCUGGAAAUUCUUCCCAGAAGACCCACGGCAAACCAGCUGGUUUCUCAGAAACCAAGGCCAAGUUAAAGACUCAAAGUUUCACAACAAAGCAUCGGGCCGGCCCAAUAACACCCAGCGAAAGUACCAGCCCAGAUGCCAACUUUGUGACCAAAUUGGUCACACGGCCAAGUUGUGCUCUCAAUUAA